GGGCCAUUUAAAUGUGUGUGAGGGAGCCCCUGAAAUGGCCGCGCAGGUCGCCGCGGUGCCGCGGGCCCCGGAGGAGCCGCCGCCGCCCUCAGCGGACCGGCCCGCCCGGCCCCGCGGGCCUCGCCGCCGGCGGGCGGCAGCCGGCGAACCGCCGGCCGCCAAGCGGGCCCGGCCGAGCCAGCCGAUGCUGGCGGGGCCCGGCCCGGCUGAGCCGCUGCCCCCGCCCGCCCUCCCCGCCGCCGCGGGGCUGUUCACGUUCUCCCCGCUCAGCCUCCCGCCGCCCGGGGAGCGCCGACACCACCACCGGCACCACGCCGAGCCCACUGGCCACAAGGCGAGGCGCGGCAGCCCCGCGGACGGCGCGGCGGGGCGGCCCAGCCAGCGAGAAACUCCAGAUGAAAAUGGCAAAACCCAGCGAGCUGACAGUCUUAUUAUGAAGAAAAUAAAGAAAAAAAAGAAAAAGAAACACCGGGAAGAUGUGAGGGGAAAACGUCUGAAGAUGUACAACAAAGAGGUGCAGACUGUGUGUGCUGGACUCACUCGCAUUGACAAGGAGACUCUGUCUCAAGGACAGUGUGACAACCUGGAAAUGAACAAGGAAUCCUUCAGGUACCUGAAGGAUGAGCAGCUGUGCAGGCUGAAUUUGGGCAUGCAGGAAUACCGGAUACCCCAGGGAGUACAAACCCCCUUUGUGACACACCAGGAGCACUCUGUCCGCAGCAGCUUCCUGAAGACUGGCACUAAAUUCAGUAACUUCAUUCACGAGGAGCAUCAGUCCAAUGGAGGUGCCCUGGUCCUGCAUGCUUACAUGGAUGAACUCUCAUUUUUGUCUCCAGUGGAGAUGGAGAGAUUUGCAGAAGAGUUUCUUGCAUUGUCAUUCAGUGAAAAUGAUAAAAAUGCAGCUUACUAUGCUUUAGCCAUAGUGCACGGAGCAGCUGCCUAUUUACCAGACUUCCUGGAUUACUUUGCUUUUAACUUUCCAAAUACUCCAGUGAAAAUGGAAAUUUUGGGCAAGAAGGACAUUGAAACAACAACAAUUUCAAAUUUUCACUCUCAGGUCAAUCGGACGUACUGCUGUGGCACCUACAGAGCAGGACCCAUGCGCCAGAUCAGCCUGGUGGGAGCAGUGGAUGAAGAAGUUGGGGACUACUUCCCAGAAUUCCUAGAUAUGUUGGAAGAAUCUCCAUUUCUUAGAAUGACUUUGCCCUGGGGGACUCUUUCCAGUCUCAGACUUCAGUGCAGGUCCCAGAGUGAUGAUGGACCCAUCAUGUGGGUGAGGCCGGGAGAGCAGAUGAUCCCCACAGCUGAUAUGCCAAAAUCACCCUUCAAACGGCGCCGGUCCAUGAACGAGAUCAAGAACCUGCAGUACCUACCUCGGACCAGCGAGCCCCGUGAGGUCCUGUUUGAGGACAGGACCAGAGCUCACGCUGACCACGUGGGGCAGGGCUUUGACUGGCAGAGCACAGCUGCUGUCGGGGUGCUCAAAGCUGUGCAGUUUGGGGAAUGGAGUGACCAGCCUCGUAUAACCAAAGAUGUGGUUUGUUUUCAUGCUGAAGACUUCACUGAUGUUGUGCAGAGACUUCAGCUGGACCUGCAUGAACCUCCAGUGUCACAGUGUGUUCAAUGGGUGGACGAAGCCAAACUAAACCAAAUGAGACGGGAAGGCAUUCGCUAUGCUAGGAUUCAGUUGUGUGACAAUGACAUCUACUUCAUCCCUAGAAAUGUCAUUCAUCAGUUCAAAACAGUGUCAGCAGUCUGCAGCUUAGCCUGGCACAUCAGACUCAAACAGUACCACCCCAUGGGGGAGACUUCUCCAAAAGCAGAAAGCAAUUCAAGCCUGAGCAGUGAUGUUCCUGGAAACACAGAGGCAGAAGGUGAACCCCAAGGUGUGAGUGUAAAGAUAGAGUCUGAAGAACCAGGUACAGAAAUUCAGCUUACCCCAGGGGUGCUCUCCUCUGUUUCUUCAAUAUCAGGACUUGUGCAACCAGAUCAGGUGGCCCAGCCCCUUACAGGUUUUAAAACAGAGUCUGAUCAGCAACACAAUCCACAGGAUCAUGCAGGCUCUUCUGUGUGAUAUGUAUAUAUUCAAACAUUUUUUAAACAACUUUUUAAAAUUUUGAUGUGAAGUUAUAGUUUUAUAACUGGCUUAUGUUUUAUUGGAGAAAUCUUGCCUAUAAUUCUAUAAAGAAAGGUGACAUUCCAAAAUGUCAAGCAUAUCUUUUUUACACAGAUUAUGCAAAAUUCAAGUUGUAUUUUAACCCCUUAGUACAACCUGUAACAGUGGUCUACCACUUCUUUCUGUUUAAGUGAAGAGAUGUUGAAUAUCUUCUCAAAGUCAGAUUGAAAUUCCUCCAGGAACAUGAAAUGAUUGAACUCACCAUUGGUCACUGUUAUUUCCCUACUUUUACUUUAUCUCUAAUCUUCACCAGAAAGUGAUGCUUUUGUAGAAGACUUGCAAAGUGACUUCCCCAUCUCAUUUUAAUUGCUUAAAAAAGUAAAAAAAAAAAAAAAAAAAAAAAAAAGAAAAAGAAAAAAAAUAGAGAAAGCACAGCACUUUUGAUGAUUUGUGGAAUUUUUGGUAUGUCUGUUCUUGACAUGUUGGUUUAUAUACAAGCUAUAGAAAUUGAUGUUUCUUACAGUUCCUACAAGGGUGACCUGUAAAAAGAACUGAAGCAAGUGUCUGAUUCCUGUUGAAAUGCAAUGACUUACUGACCUAACACUUCUCACAGCACUGCUUAUGUUGUUUGGUGUGAGGGUUUUUGCUUCCAAAAUACAUCUUCCCUGAACGUGAUAAAUGCUAGUGUCAAAAUUAGAGAACCUCUCGGUAGUCUUGUGGAGGAAACUGCUAUCUUUGAGCACUUUAAGGCUUUAAAAUACUUAACCAACUUGGCAGCUUGUUUGAUCGGGUCGUAACGUGUCCAAUGGAUCCACACUUUCCCUUGUACUGAUGCACUUAAUAUAAUAAUCAUUGAGCUGAUACCUGACUUCCUAGAAUAAGGACAGCCUUACUGUGUAAGUUCUGUAUUAGUAUUUCACAAUAAAAAGUAUUUUGGCGUUGGACUGCUUUUUCCACGUGUAGCUCCUGGGUACCCAGUUACUGUGGAAAAAUCAGCAGCACAUGCUCAAUGUGUAGAGUGUCAGCUAUUAACAGUUUUUAAACGAUCUUUCAAUGUUUCUGGAUGUAAAUGUGUAAUCUGUAUUUGACUUUCACUCACCCCAUUUAUUACUGCCCUUUCCAGUCAUCAAAAGGAAAAGUCCCUUUUCCCUCUCCCUCCCCCCUCCCCACA